AUGUCCAUCUCGCUCGCCGACUGUGCGUCGGAGGAGGGAAUGGCGGAGAGAUCGCAAUGUGGAGAUGAUGAUGCGAAUGAUGGACCAAAGCAUGAGCGGGAGCGGGGAAUGGACUGGAUAGGCAGCACCAGCGAAAAGGAUCAGGAGGUGGAGCAUGUGCGGGUGCAAGAUGAAGCGCUGCGAGCUUCUCUUGAGCGAGAGAGGCUUGCUGCGAGCAAUGCCGAGGAGGCUAGAGGGGCUAUGCACGAGGAGAGCGACGAGGGUGCCGAGGAUGGUGGCGGUGCUGCUGCUGGUGGUGGUGGUGGCAGCACCACUUUUUACAAGUCUGUGCAAAUCAGCUUGAGGGAGCCUGUGGGCAGCAUGAGCAUCAGUCCUGCCAAUCGAGAUGUGGUGCUGGCUGCUCGCAAAGGCCUCUUCAUCGUGGAUUUGGAGAAUCCGUACGAACCGCCGCGCUUUUUGGCACACGCUUCCAGAUGGCAGGUGGCUGAUUGCCAGUGGAAUCCGCAUCCAGCUCGAGCGCAAUGGGUCGCGAGCACUUCCAAUCAGAAGCUGCUCGUGUGGAACUUGGACAGACCAGAAAUGCUAGCGGAGGAUGCAGGCGCUUUCUCUGUCAGAUCGAUCAGGCCUACACGUACCGGCUCUUACGUCUCUCGUCAAUCGACACGACCAGGCACGACGACUGGAGCGUCGGGCUUCGUGGCUCAGCCUUCGUACCACAGUCCCUCUCUCAGCUCAUCAGCUCGUGGUCUCACCACACUGACUCCCUUCUCUCACGAUGCGGCUCUAUCUGGAGCUGGACGAAGCGUCACGUCUGGUAACGCCUCUGUUGCCGCAGCAAGCAACAUCCUGGAACCUCGGAGGAUCUGGAAAUCUUCCUCUGUAGAGUACGUCUUGCAUGCUCACACGAGAGGCAUCACCGACAUCAAUUGGUCGCCCUUUCAUCCGGAUGUGCUUGCUAGUUGUGGCAUCGACAGCUGGACUUGGGCGUGGGAUCUGCGCGAUCCCAGCAGACCUAAACAAGGCUACAGUGCGUGGAAUGCUGCCGCGACGCAGGUAAAGUGGAAUCGAGCGUCGCCUCAUCGGCUUGCAACAUCGUGCGACAACAAGGUGCUGAUUUGGGACGACCGCAAGGGCGCUCUUCCCCUAGCCACCAUCGAGGCGCACGAGUCUAAAAUCUAUGGCAUCGACUGGGCUCGCGAUGCUACAUUGGGCUUAGACAGGUUGAUCACCUGUUCUCUAGCAGGAAGCGUCAAGUACUGGGACUUGUCUUCGAAUCACGCACAGAGAGCGAUAGGUAAGAGGGAGCUAGUUACGGAACCUGAGCAAACCAUCGAGACGCCGACUCCUGUAUGGAGAGCCCGGCAUUUGCCUUUCGGAAGUGGGGUCAUGACUCUGCCCCAACGCGGAGAUACGAGCCUUUCGAUGUGGCACAAGUCCAAUCCAGAGACGCCAGUGAAGCGCUUCGAAGGGCACAAAGAUACGGUCAAGGAAUUCUUGUACCGCACGCGUGGCGGUUCGGACCGACAAAACGAUGAUAGAGAGUGGCAAUUGCUCACUUGGGCAAAGGAUCAGACGCUGCGCUUGUGGCCGAUCGACCCACAAGUUACCAGGGCUGUCGGUCACGUUGCAGGAGGCCCUAUCAAGGUGCUAUAUACUCGUGUCAACGCUCCCAACAUUUCUUACCGCGACCCUCCACCGAUAAGUGCAGGUGGGACGUCGGGCGGCAAGAGCGUGACAGAUCAACCUCAGCUUUCGCUUCAGACGCAGUCUCUUGGCGAGCCGCAUGCUCGAGUCUUGUCCGCUCCCGAGAACAUCUUCGUCCGAUCACCAGCUUCGGCAACGGCGAUUCAGCCGCCUCUGGAUGCCACUGCUGCAUUGCUGAGCGGACCAGGUAGUGGGACUCGGACGCGCUUGAAUUCGGGUGGUCCGAGUCCUCUUGCGACUAGCACUGGUGGUAACUCGGGAGCCUCCGGCUCUGCCUCAGCUUCUGCCUCUGCCUUCGGCACCAGUUUCUCCCGCCAUGCUAGAUCUUUCUCCGAGCGCGCUGGAAGGGAAAAUGCUCUUGAACGAUCGUCCUGGAACGCUCCGCUCAGCGAGUCGCUGUCAAGAUCACAGCCUAGGUCGAUGGGCUUGAGCGGCGCCAACAUGUCCGCGCCAAGGGGAGGAUCGAUGACCGCUGCCCUCCCCCAACAGACAAUCUCCAGUCGCUCAAGGGAAGUUCACAGGCAGAAAACGAUUACGGAAGCGUCCAGCGCUAGUACGACCAAGGGAAAGUCUCGAGCUUCUAGGGACGCCCAGGCCAAGCUCGGUUCAGCGCAUUUACGUGCGAGCGCAGACGGGAGGGAGACGUCUGAUGCGAAGCAUGCGCAUCACGGCAAAGAACGUGAGGGUAAAGGCCGCUCGAAGCAAGGGGAAAGCACCGCGGGGAAGCGCUCACGGGCGAAGGCCCCUGAGAGCAAAGUCUACAUGACUCGGGGAGCUGGUGUCAUCAGCGAUGCAGCUUGGCUCGCGCAGGCGCGCACAAGGGCACAAGGAACGGCAGGUCAAAAUCACACGUUGGGCAGCAAGUCGACGAUCGAUGCGAUUGGAUGGAUAUCCGGUGUCAAGGUGAGCGGUGGGCUUGCUUCGCAGCGCCGCGAACGCUCCCCGACCAGCAAGAGGGACAUGUCUCCAAGUCUGACGGGAAGAGAAGAUCAUCUUGACAAAUCCAUCGCCACGCUCACACCUGAUCGAUCCACGGAAGCUGGUGCGGUUGCACAGCCCCAAGGCGUACCGAAAGAGGGCACCUCUAUCGACGGUAGCGAUGCCGAUGUGAUCGCGCCGGAUGCGGCACAAACGCUUGGCGAAGAAGUUUCGAGCAUCAGCAAAAGAAUGCCCAGGGUGACGUUCGAAAAGGUCGAAAUAGCGCAACGGGUCAUCUGCUGCAAUCUCUAUGGACCGUGGGGCGUUGAGCGUGGCCAGCCGGCAUUUUUACGCAUCACAUUCAACUACCCCAGCUCGUACCCUUCCAAAGCACCGCGCUUUGAUUUAGAGAACAACGCAAGCGUGCCUCUCAAGACGCGCGCCCUGCUCCUCAGGAGCGUCAAGAAGCUUCUGCGGGACCACGCUGCGACUCGACGCGUAGUGCUAGAUCAGAGGCGAAGCAAAGAGAGCGGCAGCGAAGAUAAUAGUGCUGCAAAUUCGGAGAAUGAGGAAGAGCAGAGCGAGGUGGAUCAUCAGCUCGAGGUGGACCGGGCAGCCUCUUCGAGAGCGCGGUCAGAAAGUUCGCGAAGACAACGGACGUCCGGCAAACGUCGACGCUCGAGCCAUCGUGUGGAUGGCUUGCCAAGCACAGAGGCGGUGCUCCGAUUUCUGCUGGGCGAGGCGAUCAGAGGUGACAAUGUGCCCGGCGCGCCGGGUUUGGUCCCGCCAGCAUUCGGAGAGACUUCGGAUGAAGAAGAUGAAGUGUACGCUUGGGAUCGCAUCUUUGGCAGGGCGCCACCGCGCAUUUGCGGAGCAUCUUUCGCGGCGAAUGGUCUGCUCGUAGUUUUCGGGCAGCGAAGAAGCCCAGCUCUACCGAACAUGAAGGACUCGCGUUCGAGCGCUGCACGUGCUCCAUUGUUGGCGCAGACAGGCAACGCAGGCGCAGGGCGAACCGGCUUGUCUGAGAGUGUGCGCGCAGCGAGUCAAAAGUAUGAGACUGAAGGGCCGACAAGUACGGCUGGAGCAGGGGAGAGCAGCGCACGUUUUGCGCACAGCUAUUCCGCUCUGACCACUGCCAUGACGAAAUUGGCGCAGCUGGCUAGACGACAAGAAGGUCUGGAUGCUCCUGCGUCGAAGAGCAGCAGCAAUCGAGAGCAAAAUGAUGGCUUCCUCGACGACUUGGAUGUGGUGCAGCUACUCAGCGCGGAUUUUUUGGCUAGAAGAUUGCGCACGGCUAAUACGAGAGGAGAUGUUGAAGGACAAGGACGGGGACGUUCAGGCGGCGCGUCGAGAGAGAAGGAGCCAUUCGGCGUCCGUAAGCGCAGCCGGAGCAGACUGAGAGCUUUUGGAGCAGCCCUUCUCGAACCUCCUCCAGGCGCUGCGCACGACGCUCUUUCCUCUCGAAGGGCGCGCUCGUCAAGCCCUGCCGGCUCGCGAGCAUCGCGCGCGAUGGUGGAUCAUCACCAUCAAGUCGCAAGCAUUGGUCCGUUCGUCGUGCGCCUCUGGGACGUUGGCAAGUUGCUGAGCAGCUCGAAUCAACGUCUCGCAUCGCCAUUUGCACCAUCACGUCUGGCCACGCCACCACCUUUGCUGCGUCGUCGCUCAUCUUCGUUGCCAUCCAGUCCCAGAACAGGCGCUACGCAGGCAUUACUGUCGCCCGGCAGAACGCCGACGAAUGAGCGCCGCGAUCCUUUCAGACCUCUUUGA